AUGUGCCAAGUGAGGAAAAGGCACGCCUUCCUGCUCUUUUUCCUGAUUAGCAGCCUCUUCAUUUGGGAGGAACAAAGUGGAAAGAGAGUAAACUCAUUUUCGGGGGUGUCCCCCCUGGGGGGGAGGCGCACCUUCUUCAUUGGCGGGCCCCUGCAGAGGGAGGACCUGGGGAGGGGAAGUGGAGCCCCACGCACCAGACAAACCCUCGACGGAGCGCAGAAAAGGCACUUCCAGGCGGACGGGGCAUUGGGCACCAGGCGGGGCGCACACAAUGGCAGGCUCUUCUACAGCGUGGGGAGCCCAUCCCGUGAGAGGAGCUUGGAAAAUGGGCUAGCUGAUCGGCGAGAUGGAAGGGUAGCUGGACUAUCUGCGCGGCCAGGUGUGCACUCGUCUGCGCGUACCCCCCCCCUGCGCAUGAGCGACGAGGAGUAUACGAUAAACUCGGACGACUACACGGAGAAGGCCUGGGAAGCGAUAACCACGCUCAAUAAAAUUGGAGAGAAGUAUGAAUCCGCCUAUGUAGAAGCGGAGAUGCUGCUUCUCGCGCUGCUGAAGGAUGGGCCGGAAGGAUUGGCACAGAGAAUCCUGAAAGAGAGUGGCAUCGAUACAGAUCUCCUCGUCCAAGAAAUCGAUGAGUAUCUGAAGAAGCAACCUAAAAUGCCUAGCGGAUUUGGAGAGCAGAAAAUUCUAGGGAGGACCUUACAGGCAGUAUUAGGGACAAGUAAAAGGUUGAAAAAGGAGUUCAAUGAUGAGUACAUAUCGAUAGAACAUCUCCUCUUGGGUAUCAUCGCAGAAGACUCCAAGUUCACUCGCCCCUGGUUGAUGAAGUACAAUGUGAAUUAUGAGAAAGUGAAGAAAGCAACAGAGAGAGUUCGAGGGAAGAAGAAGGUGACUUCUAAAACACCAGAGAUGACGUAUCAAGCGUUGGAAAAAUAUAGUCGUGAUCUGACUGCUUUGGCUAGAGCAGGGAAGUUAGAUCCUGUUAUUGGCAGAGAUACCGAAAUUAGGAGAGCGAUUCAGAUUCUAUCUAGGAGGACAAAGAAUAACCCUAUCCUUUUAGGAGACCCAGGGGUCGGAAAAACGGCAAUCGUGGAAGGAUUGGCUAUAAAGAUUGUCCAAGGAGAUGUACCCGAUUCGUUGAAGGGACGAAAGUUAGUCUCUCUCGAUCUGUCUUCUCUAAUCGCCGGAGCAAAGUACAGAGGAGAUUUCGAAGAGAGACUCAAGGCUAUACUGAAAGAAGUACAAGACGCUGAAGGGCAGGUUGUCAUGUUUAUCGACGAAAUUCACACAGUGGUCGGGGCAGGAGCAGUGGCGGAAGGAGCUCUAGAUGCAGGGAAUAUACUGAAGCCUAUGCUCGCUAGAGGAGAGUUAAGAUGCAUUGGUGCAACGACAGUCAGUGAGUAUAGACAGUUUAUAGAAAAAGACAAAGCUCUGGAGAGGAGAUUCCAACAAAUAUUGGUAGAACAACCCAGUGUCGAUGAAGCCAUUAGCAUAUUAAGAGGACUAAAAGAAAGAUACGAGGUGCACCAUGGGGUGCGUAUUUUAGACUCUGCACUUAUUCAAGCUGCUGUUCUGUCGGACCGAUACAUCAGUUACCGAUUCCUUCCCGAUAAGGCCAUCGAUCUCAUCGACGAGGCGGCGUCAAAUCUGAAAAUUCAGCUGUCGAGUAAGCCCAUCCAAUUGGACAACAUCGAGAAGCAGCUCGUGCAGCUCGAAAUGGAGAAAAUAUCCAUCCUGGGAGAUAACCCCCGGGGCGGCGGACCCCACACCGUGAGGAGCAGCGCAGCAAGCAGUGGCAGCCAUAGUGCUACACAGGGCGGCCCCACUACGCAGGGAGAGGACCCCCCCGUGGACUACUCCCAGAGCCCAAAUUUUCUGAAAAAAAAAAUCAACGAAAAGGAAAUCAACCGACUGAAGAUGAUAGAUCACAUCAUGAGUCAGCUGAGGAAGGAGCAGAAGAGUAUCCUCGAAUCCUGGACGUCUGAAAAGAGUUAUGUGGAUAAUAUCCGGGCGAUAAAGGAACGAAUCGACGUGGUCAAGAUAGAAAUCGAAAAAGCGGAGAGGUACUUUGAUCUAAAUAGAGCCGCUGAGUUAAGGUUCGAAACUUUGCCUGACCUGGAAAAGCAGCUCAAAAAGGCAGAGGAUAACUACCUGAACGACAUUCCAGAAAGAAGUCGUAUGCUCAAGGAUGAAGUGACCAGUGAAGACAUCAUGCAUAUCAUAAGUCUCUCCACGGGAAUACGAUUAAAUAAGUUGCAAAAAUCUGAGAAAGAAAAGAUUCUAAAUCUGGAGAACGAAUUGCAUAAGCAGAUCAUCGGACAGGAUGAUGCUGUGCGCAUUGUCUCCAAAGCGGUGCAACGGUCCAGAGUAGGGAUGAAUGAUCCCAAGAGGCCUAUAGCCUCGCUGAUGUUUUUAGGCCCUACAGGGGUAGGAAAGACGGAGCUGUCAAAAGUAUUAGCGGAUGUUCUAUUUGACACCCCAGAUGCAGUCAUCCAUUUUGACAUGUCGGAAUAUAUGGAGAAACACUCCAUAAGUAAGCUUAUCGGAGCUGCCCCUGGUUAUGUCGGAUAUGAGCAAGGAGGUCUCCUAACAGACGCAGUGAGGAAGAAACCCUACUCCAUUAUCCUAUUUGACGAAAUUGAGAAGGCACAUCCAGAUGUCUACAAUCUGUUAUUACGUGUGAUUGAGGAAGGGAAGUUAACUGAUACGAAAGGGAACCUUGCCAAUUUUAGGAAUACCAUCAUCAUCUUCACCUCUAACCUGGGCAGUCAGAGCAUCCUAGAUCUUGCGAACGAUCCAAACAAGAAAGAGAAAAUAAAAGAGCAGGUAAUGAAGUCAGUAAGGGAAACAUUCCGUCCUGAAUUCUACAAUAGAAUCGAUGACCAUGUUAUCUUCGAUAGUCUCUCCAAGAAGGAACUCAAACAGAUUGCUACCAUAGAGAUUGAGAAAGUGGCGAACCGACUCAUUGACAAAAAUUUUAAGAUCUCCAUCGAUGAUGCCGUUUUUUCCUACAUUGUCGAUAAGGCAUAUGACCCUGCCUUUGGCGCCAGGCCUCUCAAAAGAGUCAUACAGUCCGAAAUUGAGACGGAGAUUGCCGUCCGCAUUCUGAACGAGACCUUCGUGGAGAAUGACACCAUCCGGGUGAGUCUCAAGGACGGCACGCUGCACUUCGCCAAGGGGUAA